GAUAAAACACACCGGGUCGAGGCGGCGGCGUGAGAAGAGCGUGUUCCUUUCUUUCUUUCUCUCUCUCCAUGGAGGAGGACGACAGAUCGGUCGCGGCCGCGGCCGCCAGGAUACUGCUCACCCUCCGGACCAGGACGCUGACGGAGUGGCCGGACUGGAUCCUGCCGCCCUCCAAGGAACUCGCUGCGCCUGCGGAGCGGGAGGCUGAGCUGCCGCCGUUGCCGGAGGGAUGGCCGAAGCGGCCACGGGACCCGGUGCCUGUGUCUUUGCGCCCCAACGGGUGGUCACCGUCCUGGGUUGGCCUCUUGGCGCGGCUGUGGCAGCCAGUCCCCUCCAGAUCCGGCGCAUCUUCCAGCGAGGAGGAGAGGGCGUGGUUGCACCCCCGCGUCCGGCAGGCGCGGCGGAGGUCGGCGUCCGGAUCCGCUCCUUCCCCGAGCGUCAAGGUGGGCGCGCGGAAGGAGGCCUUGAUGGCGGCGUCGAGCCCGGAGACCCCCUUUGACUACGCCAUCGCCGCUCGAUCCGGGGCGUCGUCCAGCGGGGAUGAAGGGGCCAAGCGCAAGGCGAGCAGAUCCAGCGGCGACGAGGGGUGCAGCUCACCGGCGAAGCGCUCGCGGCCGGACGCCCACGCCCACGCCCAGGAUGCGGCGACGGCCGUUCAAGUUGAGCAGGUGCCAAAGAUUGAGGACAACAGCCGCGACGAGAAAGGCCACUUGUUGUUUGACCUCAACGAAGAUAUAAGCAUAGCAUGGUAAAAGAUGCCAGAGGGUUAGUUGGUGCUCAAUGUGUACAUACAAGGGCCAAGCCAUCACAACCAGAGCCGGCAAGGGCUGGUUAGCAGAGACGGACCAACGCCUAGGAACUACACUACUUAUAUAUAGUAGUACAUGAUGAUGAUUAUGGAUUAGUAGAUUUAUUAUCAGAGGUUAAUUUAGUCUUCGCUGCUGUGCUGCUGGCUCGCUUGUCUCUCUUCUAUACACUCAUGUGUUCAUUAUACGCUGCAGGAAACAAUAUAUAUACUCGGUGCAUCAGAUUAUUUUCCUUUCCUUUA